UCAGGGCUCGGGCUGCCGGCUCCAUGCGCCCCGGGACCCGGCGGUGGCACCAUGAGGAGCGGCUGCAGCAGCGGGGCCAUCCCCGGCCUCCUCCUCCUCCUCCUCCUUCUGGUACUGGGGACCCAAGCGGACAGAGGGGUGGGUCCGCCCGUAUUCGAGUGUGAAGAGAACCAAUUUUUGUGCAGGAACAUGCGUUGUAUACCCAUACUGUGGAGAUGUGAUGAAGAUGAUGAUUGCUACGAUAACAGCGAUGAGGAAGGCUGUAUUAAGAAAUCUUGUGCGGAGAAUGAGUUCACCUGUAACAAUGGACAUUGUGUCCCGGCGCACUGGAAAUGCGAUGGGGAGGAAGAGUGCAUUGACGGAAGUGACGAGUCCGAAGCUACCUGCAGUGCAGUGAAGCCGGUAUGUGCAGCACAGAAAUUUAGUUGCGGGGGAUCAAGCAAUAAGUGCAUCCCGUUGUCAUGGCAAUGUGAUGGAGAGCGAGACUGUGAGAGUGGCAUCGAUGAACGGGGCUGCCCCACAGGUUGUUCCCGUGACGAAUUCCAGUGUGACAACAAGUCCUGCAUUGAUUCCAUCUUUGUGUGCGAUGGCACCAAUAAUUGCGGAGAUGCCAGUGAUGAGAAGAACUGCUCACCGCUAACUUGCAAACCGGGAGAAUUCCGCUGUGGGAAGGGUGGCUGUAUCUCCGAGAAGUGGGUUUGUGAUGGGCAGUCGGACUGUGCCGACGAUUCAGAUGAGUCUGGGGCUCACUGUGGCCUGAAGAGCCAGCCGCAGCCAGUUAUGCAAUGUAAGGAGAAUGAGUUCCGCUGCAGCAAUGGCAAAUGCAUUCACCUUUACUGGAGGUGCGAUGGUGAUGAGGACUGUAAAGACAAAUCUGAUGAGCUUGACUGCCCUGUGGUUACCUGUCGACCUGAUGAAUUCCAGUGCGGUGAUGGGUCCUGCAUACACGGCAUGAAGCAAUGUAACGGACUCCGAGACUGUCUAGACAGCAGCGACGAGGCAGGAUGUCUGAGCGCGGCUGAAUCUCCCUGUGACACAGAAGAACGGUUUCGAUGUAAGAGUGGGGAGUGUAUCGAUAGCAGUAAAGUGUGCGACGCUCACAAGGAUUGCCGAGACUGGUCUGAUGAGCCAUUAGACGAAUGUGGUUUAAAUGAGUGUCUGAUUAACAACGGGGGGUGUUCACACAUUUGCAGAGACCUAAAAGUGGGGCAUGAGUGUGAUUGCCCCUUUGGCUACAAACUGAUGGACAAGAAAACCUGUGGAGACAUUGACGAGUGUGAGAACCCCGAUACCUGCAGCCAAAUCUGUGUUAACUACAAGGGCUCCUAUAAGUGUGAAUGUUACGAGGGAUAUGUGAUGGACAGUGUCUCCAAAACGUGCAAGGUGGAGGGUCAUAGUCCGUAUCUUAUCUUCACCAACCGCCACGAACUGCGUCAGAUUGAUUUGGUGCACAGAGACUACGCUCGUCUGGCUUCACAGCUCAAAAAUGUUGUGUCUCUAGACGUGGAGGUGACGAACAAAAGGAUUUACUGGUGUGACCUCUUCUACCGAGGAAUAUAUAGUGCACCCCUAGACCGAGCUGGGGACCCUGCAGAGCACACGGUGCUGAUCAAUACUCAGUUACACACCCCUGAGGGUCUGGCUGUGGACUGGGUCCAUAAGAACAUUUACUGGACUGACUCUGGGAACAAGACCAUAUCUGUGGCAACCACAGAUGGCUGCAAACGCAAAACACUCUUUAGUAAAGGCAUGAGUGAGCCGAGGUCCAUCACUGUGGAUCCCACUGAAGGGUUCAUGUUCUGGUCAGACUGGGGGGAUCCUGCCAAAAUUGAGAAAGCCGGCUUGAAUGGAGGGGACAGACAGAUCCUGGUUUCCGAUAGUAUUGAGUGGCCGAACGGAAUCGCUUUAGAUCUGCUCACCCGGCGGUUAUAUUGGUUGGAUGCUAAGCUGCACACGAUUUCUAGUGUCGACUUCAAUGGCGCCAAUAGAAAACUUCUAAUUUUCUCAGAAAAUGAACUAAGUCACCCCUAUGGGCUCGCUGUUUUUGAGGAUAAAGUGUUUUGGACAGAUCUGGAGAAUGAAGCCAUCUUCAGUGCAAACAGGCUGACCGGACAGGAAAUCUCCAUCCUUACCGAUAAUUUAAACAACCCCCAUGAUAUUGUUGUUUUUCAUCAGCAAAAACAGCCAAGAGCCAUUGAUGCAUGUAACGAUGGGCCUGUUCCAAAUGGCGGCUGUGAAUACCUGUGUCUGCCUGCCCCUCACAUCACUGCUCAUUCACCGAAAUAUACAUGUGCCUGUCCAGAUGGUGUGGAAUUGGGGCCCGACAUGAGGAGCUGCGGGAAAGUCAUUACAGACGUUACCACUUCUUUGGCUACUGUACCUCCACUUUUGACUACCAGCAAGCCCCCUGCCACAAAUUCCACACCAACUACUCAAAAUAGCCCUGCUGUUCCCCCAUCUCCAAGUAUGGUAACCUCUAUCACAGACACUACCGAGACGGCAAGCAAUCAGUCUGUUCUGACAAGCAGCCACCAAACUACCUCUUCACCCAGCCUUGUGGACAUUAACAUCAAAACUACAAGGAGCAGCAACGUAUCCCAACACUAUGAAAAUGCUAGCUCUGAUCUCCGGUCUACACUCACUGCGGCAGUGAUUGGCGUAGCUGUGCCUGUCGCUGUUCUUGCUCUCCUGUGUCUCUCGGGAUACCUGAUAUGGAGGAAUUGGAAAAGAAAGAACACGAAGAGUAUGAAUUUUGAUAAUCCUGUAUACCGGAAGACUACCGAGGAGGAGGAGGAAGAUGAAGAAGAAAUCCACAUUGGUCGAUCUUCACAGAUUGGACAUGUCUAUCCAGCUCGAGUGGCAUUGAGCGUGGAAGACGAUGGCCUGCCGUGAGAAUCGAAGAGAACUGUUACACAUGAAAUGUCUCAAAUCACUGAUUCUAUAUUUUGCAAGGAAUUAACAAUCCCAUCAAGGAUGAUGUGUGACUUGUCACAGGUCCUGUUCAUCUUGUAUUUACGUUAGAUAUACCACAGAUGCUGCUCUAAAUGUAGACCUAUGUAAUAUGUUGCAAAUCAUAUUCUACUUGCAGUGCUGUGUGACAAUGUCACAGGGCCUGUGAUGUACGCAGUGCUGUGUGACAAUGUCACAGGGCCUGUGAUGUACGCAGUGCUGUGUUACAAUGUCACAGGGCCUGUGAUGUGCGCAGUGCUGUGUGACAAUGUCACAGGGCCUGUGAUGUACGCAGUGCUGUGUUACAAUGUCACAGGGCCUGUGAUGUGCACAGUGCUGUGUGACAAUGUCACAGGGCCAGUGAUGUACGCAGUGCUGUGAGAUGAUGUCACAGGGCCUGUGGUAUACACCGUUUUACAUUAUUUCUAGUAAACAGAGGGCUAUGCAACAUUCACUGAACUUUCUCUACAAACUGUGCUGCGAGACAUUAUGCAGGUCUUUUGCUACAUGCUUUGCUGGUAGAUGUGUUACAUGCAAUGUAGGACAAACACAGAUUACACUCUGCACCUGUACAACAAACUGAACUUUUUCUUAUUUAUUUUACUGAUGGAAAACCACAAAGAUUUAAUGUUUCAAACAUCCAAAGGAUGUGAGAAGUUCUAUGUAUAAUCUUUUAUACAGAUUUUUACUUGAUCCUCGGCCGAGGCUCCCCACUGCUGUCUUUGUAUAUAACAGCCUCCCAGGACAAUCUACCAUUUUAAGAUAUUAUAUUUAUAGACGUUUUUGUACAUACCUUAACAAACUUUGUGGUUCUCUAUCAACCCAUACAUUAAAUGAAUAAUAAAACGUAGGAUUUUUGUAGCAUAUUUAUUAACCUUAGAGGACUGCAGGGAGGGUGACUUUCUGUAAAUAGAUGGAAGGUGAGAGUAUUUAUUUUUUGUAUGUUCCAGGUUUAUAGGUUUGCAUUAGAACCCGGUGUAAAGAUAUGGUUUGUGAUUUCUUAACCAGCUGCCUCUCAUUCAUGAAUAUCCCCCAACAUACUCGAAAAGCAACUUAUUGAGAUGUGCUGCAUCUAAUACAUUUUUUUAUCUAAUAAUUUCAGAAAACUCUGAACUGCAUCUACAUUCAGAAUCAGUAAAGAUUUAUUAAGCCAUGGCUUUAUGGACCGAUUAAUAAGACCCACAAAUAGAGUGCAUUUGACAAUUUAGGGAUCAUUUACAAUAUGGGGAAAAAUGCAAAGUACAAAAUUGUUGCAAAUUACAUACAGCUAACAAUUAGGAAUAUAGCUAUUAUCAUUAUAAACCAGCAUUAUAUUCCGCAGCCCCCUUUAACACAGGAUUCCCAGUGGGAAAGGCUAAUCAUGAUUUAUUUCAAGUUGAAAUAAGCGUUUAAAUUGCAAUACAAGAUGAAAUUAAUGACUAUAAUGAAACUAAUGGUUCAUUCUAUAAAAUGAAUCAUGUAACCUGUAUCACAGCCUUAGACCACUAUUGUAACUAAAGUCUUUAGAAGAAACUUUGGAUCAAGGGUCCUAUCCACUAUGAAGAACAGUAGGGGUAUGCAAUCUUGAAAGAACUGUCACUACCAUUUACAUUGAAAUUACUGUAAUUAAAGCAUUUUAAUCUUCAAUCCUAGUGAUUGCUAGAUCAGACACAUUUGUUUUUGUUUGUUUGUUUAAAGAGAUGGAAGGUAUAUACAUGCCAUAAGGUAUAGUUGGCCCCAAAAUCCUCCGUUGUUUUGGAACUACAGUUUAAAUUAUUUAUAUAGCGCCAACAUACUCCGCAGCACUAUUUAAUAUGUAAUUCCUGGGAGCUGUAUAUCAACUCUACACAGGGAUUUUACUGUUGGUUAUCCCCAGCCUAAGGAUUAAAGAGGUACAUUGAAAUGUACCCAGUCCCUUUUGUUUUGUACAUAUCUUAUGUAUUAACCACUUAAGGACGGAGGCAUUUGUCCAAUUUCUGAACCCAAACAACCUAGAAUUCGAGCUGUAUGACUGUUCAACCAUAAUUGACUUCUUUCAUGUUAAGUGUACCCACACUCAUUUUGUUCAGGAGAAAUAGGGCUUUUAUUUUACAUCAAAUAAUUAUAUAUGAAACCUAAUUAACUAUGAAUACAAUCUACAAAAGUGAGAAAUUAAGCAAUUUUCUUAUUCUCCGUGCAUGGCAUUUUAACUGUUGGUCAUAAUGCUGUUAGCUGUUAUGGCAAUAAAAGACGCACAUUUGUAAGCUGUGAUGACCCACGAGUAAAACCGUACCCCCCCAUGUACAGAUUUAUGAAGUUUUGGAAAGUUACAAUGUCAAAUACUGGGCAUGCAAGUGAAAUAAUCUGUCAUUUCUGCUGGGCUGUUAUUAUAUUAAUAACAGUUACUAAUUAUUAUUAUUAAUUAUAAAUAAUAAAACCCAGACAGUCCCUCUGCAGCCAAUCCAAGUCAUAAUGGCUGCUUUGGAAUGCCUAGGUUGUCCGACAUGUCCCCCAAUUGCGAUCGUCCGCUAUGGUAUGUAUUCGAGCCAGAGGGAAGACCAAAUCGUUGGGGCAUAGCAUGCCCUAAUGUAGGGAUCAGGUUAACACGUGGAAAAUCUUACCGUAAAUAUUGUUCAGUGAAACUUUCCCUUUUGAACUUUUAUUAAAUACUGUGUAAUGUUUCACUCUGUAUAGACUCCCAUGUGGCCCUAGGGUGUAGGGUCAUGGGUCCCCCAUCCAGACCUAAAUCAGCCAUCCCCAUUAUAAAUACCUCUAACAUCAAAGUCAAUUUAAACGAGGUUAAAGGAACACUACAUCAUAGGAGCAUUUCAUAGCUUUUGUGAAUCAGACCUGUCCACUUUUGAUGAUGUAAAAAUUUACUAAAUUAGAAGUUCCCCCUGAUAUUGUAGAUUUAUUAUAUUGGACAUUUGAAAGAUAUAUUUCAACAGUCACAUGGAAUCUCAUCCUGCUGCCUGCAACUACAUUACAUUCUGUUAUUAUGGAGAAUAAAUUUUAGAUAUACACAAAUUGAAAAUAACUUGUAAUUCAGUGAAUAUUCCUGUACAAGGCGAUGAUGACACUUAUAUUACUACAAUCUUUCAACAAAUAUGCAAUAAGCAUCAAUUGAAAAAUGGUAAUAUUGUGUCAAGGUAAACCUGCAAUGCAGGGGUGCCCAGAGGCAGAUACCCUGCUGUUUUUAACUACAAUUCCCUUGAUGCAUUAUGGGAGUUUUAGAAAGGAUCUGCCUUUGGUCAGCUCUGAUAAAAUAUAUAGAAUAUAAGUGCAUGCACUUUUCAUAUUUGUUCCUUAUCACUCAUCUUUCGCCUUGCACCAUUGUCAGUCAUUACAUUGCCUUCCAGUACCCAUUAGGAUUCAUUUCAAGAUACUAACACACCUACAUGUACACAAAUCUCUUAAUAAUGCUACCCCAAAUACUAAUUCACUGAUUCAUAGGUACAUCUCUUCUCGGUCACUCCACUGUACUCCAUUCCUGUAAAACAGACUCUCCCAUCAGAAACUACCCUGGUUUUCAAUCUUAAAGAAACACUAUAGGGUCGGGAACACAAACAUAUAUUUCUGACCCUUUAGUGUUAAAACCACCAUCUAGCCCUCCUGGCCCUCUCUUGCCACCCUAAAUAUAGUAUAAUCUUACUUGUAUUUCGAGCCUGAAGCUGCUGGUUCUGCCUCAGACCUGCAAGCUGUCUGCUGACAUCAUCAGAAGUGUUGUUCUGAGCCAAUCACAAUGCUUCCUCAUAGGAUUGGCUAAGACUGUCAACGGGGCAGAUCAGGGGCAGAGCCAACACAAGUCACACACAGCCCUGGCCAAUCAGCAGCUCCUCGUAGAGAUGAAUUGAAUCAAUGAAUCUCUAUGAGGAAAGUUCAGUGUCUCCAUGCAGAGGGUGGAGACACUGAAUGUUGUGAUGCACACUAGGCAAGACUGAGAAAUGAAGCAGCUCUAGCAGCCAUUAUACCAGUUCAGGCAUUUUGAACUUAAAUUGUAAAUUCACUUUGAAUUCUCACUUUUGUGAAUAACUUCGCAAAAUUGUAAAGUGCUGCAGAACAUGACGAUGCUAUUUAAAUGACUAAUAAUAAUGAAUGCCUUAUUAUAUCACUGAUCAAACUUGACUAUUUCCAAAUAAUAACCAUUCUGACUGUAUCUGUUUGUAGAGUUCAUCUGUAAAUAAGAAUAUAAAACGUAAUAAAUACCAUUAAUAAUACGAAUAUUAAUAAGUAAUGGAAAAUCUGAUAGUAAUAUAUACAUUAUAAUACUAGUCUCUUAAAGCAACUGUUGGCAUUAGAAAUAAAUACAGGUGUACGUUUAUUCACUAAACUGUAAGUUGUUGGAAAUUGCAAAAUAAUAGGAGUUCCUGUUUUUGGGAAUGCUGGCAAUCCGUUCUCGAACCUCUAGACAAAUACAGCUUAAUGUUACCGCAACUGUUUGGCAGUUGCUCUUAACCAUGUUUGAUGAGAUUAGAUAUUGUUUAACAGUGUAUUAUACAAACACAUUUAACAAACUUAACACUGAGAGAGUCCUCAUUUAGAAAUAAGCCCAACCAGUGCUUUAUGCUUGUACAGAAAUGAGGACAGAGACAAUUCUAGGGUUCUUACAGAAUGUAUAUAAAUAUCGGUGCUUGGUAACUAUACUCCCGUUUCUGGUUGAAUGGAAGCCUGGAAAUGUUUGCUGGAAGUUUAGUUAACAAGUGCCAAACUAUCUAUUCCUCUCUUUUGAAGUAGUAAUUGAUAUACUGAUUAUAUAUUAAUAGUUUGAGAUUUAUAAAAAUGGACGAAUCAGCAGGAACAUUCAUUCGUUCCACUGGUGAUUGCUUCAGUUAUAGCACAUCUCCGUCAGUGAAACUUUUCAUACGUCUCUGGAAUUAUAAAUAGGUUUAGAGGCUUAAAACAGUCUUGUAUGUUCUGCAGGCAUUUCACUUUAUUGAGGUGAAUACAAGCCUUAUAUCUUUUGCUCCCCGAGGAAAAGAAAUAAAAUAAUUAUGAACAAUUUAACUCCCAAAAAAUCUAAUCGAUAAAUCCGUCAAACAGGCGCUUAGAGCUUAUAUAUUGGUGUGAUGAUCCCCAAUAUAUGAUUAACAGCUACAAUACUCAUGUGGGUUUAACUUGCUUGCAAAAUGGAUUUAGGGGGACGGAUUAAAAUAUUUUAACAUGUAAAGUGAAUUGACAUUUUUAAUAUUGACUGUAUCUUUGAAGAAAGGCAUUAGGUAAAGUACAAGCUUUGACAAUGUUUUGAGUUCCAUUGCUGUUUUUUGCUGAGGAUUCCUACUUUGGUUAGGCCUCAAGUAGACCACAGGUGAGAAGACAUUUGGAGUUAUCCGUUCAUCUCUGGUCAUAGUGACUAAAUCUGCUGAUCUUUGUAUGUGACUGGAUACACUGUAUAAAUAUUAACACUUUUAAAGCCAUAGAAUCUUAGAAUUAAGGAUGUGAGUACUUUAAAUUUGCCUUCAUGAAACACUUGACAGACAUUCAGUGCAGACUCUGAUACUUAGACUGUUGGGCAAAUUAAGGCUUUUUCUUGAAUCGCAAGUGAAGACAUUUGAGAUUUUCCUCUGUUAAAUGCAUAUGUCAUAUUACAACGGCUCAUUUCCUAGAAAUCGCUGUAGUUUUAUAUAGUUAAUGGGUUUUCCCCCCACUUUUCAUUAAUGAUUGAGAUGUUUAUAAAAGAAUGUUUGUUGCAUAGCCAGUCUAUUGUGGGCUUCCAACACAGCCUGCCUGCAAUAAACCGGUCCAUAUCAUACUCUGGAUCUAAAAAUGACUCCAGCAGAGCACAGAAUUUAUCAGAACUGCUGAAAUGGGUGUGUGUAUAUUUAUGUUUGUGAGUGUGACUGUACAUUGCUGUGUGUGUGUACACUGAAAUAUCCACACACAGAAAUACUAUACAAAACAGUGUGUGAAUGCAUUGCAGGCUGGCCUGGAAUCGUAUGUGAGGGGCAAGUUAAGCUGUCCUAAUCAACAGUGAUAAAACUCAACCAAAGCUGUUCAUAUUUUUUAAAUAAAGGUUGAAUUUCUGGUGUAUGUUUUUAUAACAAGUCCCGACCUGUGCCCUCAGGCUCACAGACUCUUAAUCCCCCUUUAUCCUUCGUAUUAAGACGUUGGAAAAUAAUUUAACCCCUCCACCCACUACCACCAAUUCCCCUUGGUCACAGUCAGGCAUGUUUGCAAGCAGUCUGCUGACUGGUUUAAGUUUCCUGUGUGCUAAGGUUUAUUAUGAUGGUGGGGUUAGCAAACUACAUCUGUACAUAUGUUCCAUGUCUUAACCCUUAUUUUUAACUUGUUGUACAAUACCUGUUUCUACAUAGAUA